AUAUUUAGGUGCAAUACAUUUUUUAUGAAAUUCCUUGUCACACCGACUAUGAGGUGUCUUUAACUACUAAAUAAAAAAUGAAGCGUAAAUCUAUGUCGUUUACUCUCUAAUCAAUGACCAUGCAGCGACUCAGAAUUCCAACACAAGACAGGAGGAGGAAUGGUGUAUAAGUCCAGUCCCCGCCUCUUUUUGCUUGCCCCUAUGAUCCAAUAUUUUCUGAGUCAUUAAUGGCUUUCCCUCUUCCUAACCGUGAAAUCUCACUGAUCUGAAUUUCAGAGUUUAAACUCAGAUCUGAGUUUUUAAUAGGUUCCUCCUGCAUUUUAUAGAUCAAUUCCAUCCACGGGUAGAUUCAUUUCAGUAAAUAUAGAGCAAUUGGAGUCUAGAAAUCUUUGCUGGAGCAGCAUCCUUCUUGAGAGGUAGAGGGCGAUAAGAUGAAGCCUUUAAGCUCUGCAGAACUGUUUGGGCAGAGCCUGUUGAAAGUUGUGAGUAACAUAUGCUUUGUCUUUUUCGUGGUAGCUGUAUUGAUAUUCACAGGGAUUGCUGUAACUUAUAAACCUCCAGAUCCUUGGCUUGAAUCACAAAAGGCUAUGGCCAAGGUUUUUUCUUCUGUGGGGAAUGCCACAUUCAAACAGGAUGAUUCCAUUGUCCGCACUGGUGAAGAUAUUGCUCUUUCCCCAUCUCCAGCCACGAAAGAGGAAAAAGCUAUUACAAUGAAAACAGUCCAAGUAGAAGAAGCAAAUGCUCCUAGUAAGCCACCCAUAUCAGAAUGUGAUCCAGACCAGGCUAUAAACUGCGCAGAUCCUAGAAUUUUAGUUCUAAUUAAGAAGUUUAAUUUGAAGAUCUUCCCAACUAUUAACAUUUUUGAAUACAAAGUGCCUGUACAAGGGAUUAAGUCAAAUGAGUGUGAUGUAGCUUGGAGGUUCAGAUCCAAGAAGGAAAAAUCAUGGAGAAAAUAUAGAGAUUUCAGAAGAUUUACUAUAGGUUUUGAUCUGAAUUGUGAUUACAAGGUCACAGGUGCUGGCCGGUGGCACUCAGGGAAAAAUGCUCGGCCACCAAAGGUAAGAAAGGAUCCUCGAGCUGUAAACAAAACAUCUCCACAAGCUAAUACUGGCAACAUUAAUGAUCCCACUUCUACAACUUUAUCUGCGCCAUCUGUUCUGGUUACGGAUGAAGUCAUAGAUGAUGCAGUCCCUCUACCCGCAUCCGAGUCUAGUUUCAGGAAGGGAAAAUACUUAUACUAUUCCCGUGGAGGAGACUACUGCAAGGAGAUGAAUCAGUACCUCUGGAGUUUACUCUGUGCACUUGGAGAGGCACAAUAUCUUAACAGAACAUUUGUUAUGGAUCUUAAUAUGUGCCUCUCUUCAAAGUACACCUCCAGCAAUAAGGAUGAGGAAGGAAAGGACUUUAGGUACUACUUUGAUUUUGAGCAUUUGAAGGAGAGCACGUCUGUUGUUGAGGAGGAGCAGUUUCUCAAAGAAUGGAAAAAAUGGGACAGGGAACACAAGAAUGAUCGAAUCCCGGUCAGAAAUGUGGAUGACUAUAAGAUCAGCCCAAGGCUAUUGAAGAAAGACAAAAGUGCGAUAAUUUGGAGGCAGUUUGAUGCACCAGAACCAGACAAUUAUUGGUAUCGAGUAUGCGAAGGGCGAGCAGAGAAGUAUAUACAGAGACCUUGGCACCUAAUAUGGAAAUCAAAAAGGUUGAUGAACAUUGUAUCAGCUAUCAGUGGAAGUCUUGAUUGGGAUUUUGAUGCAGUUCAUGUUGUCAGAGGUGAGAAAGCUCAGAAGAAAGAACUUUGGCCCAAUCUAGAUCAGGAUACAUCACCUGAUUCAAUUUUGGGCAAGCUCACUAAUCUUAUUCAUGAGCAGAGGAAAUUGUAUAUUGCUACCAAUGAGCCAGAUUACCACUACUUUGACAAGUUAAGAUCCCAUUUCAAGGUUUCUCUCUUGGAUGAUUAUAAAGACUUGUGGACAAAGGACAGUGAAUGGUAUAAUGAGACUACUCUUUUAAACAAAGGCCAAUCUGUUGAAUUCGAUGGUUACAUGAGAGUGGCAGUAGACACUGAAGUCUUCUAUAGGGCAAAGACUCGUGUGGAGACAUUUUAUAACUUGACAAAGGAUUGUAAGGAUGGAAUCAAUACAUGCUAAACUUGAUGUCUAGUAAGACAGUGAAAGAUGCAGCUGGUAGUUGUGAAUAAUUUCUUAUAUCUGUGGAAUUGGUAUCCAGAUUGUUUUGCAGAGUCAGGGAAUUCUAUUCUUCUUCCCUUGGAUACUUGUUCAGUUUCAAAAUGUACCAAAAUCUCAUUUCUUUUUUAACAGUUGGCAGAUUUGUUGCCAAGCUCAUUUUUAGAGCUUUCCAGAAUUAUUUUUUGAUUUAUUACAUUACUGCAGAGGAAUAUUUUUUGCACAAUUAAAUUGUUUCCUGGCUUUUUCUUUAGUUUGAAAUAUAAAUCCUGUGAUUGUAGUGA